UUUCAUCUCUCUCUCUCUCUCUCCCUCUGGCUUUAAAGUCUGUGGAACGUCUCUGUAGACAAACGUAGUUGCGGCCAUGGCUAUCGCAGCAGCAGUUGUUAUCGUCCCUAUUGGCGUCCUCUUCUUCGUCUCUGGUCUCAUCGUUAAUCUUAUUCAGGCACUUAUUUUUGUGAUUGUACGACCAUUCUCGAAGAGUAUAUUUAGAAGAAUUAACAGAAUGGUGGCUGAGCUUCUAUGGCUGGAACUUGUUUGGAUCGUUGAUUGGUGGGCAGGAGUUAAGGUUAACCUAUACACAGAUCCUGAGACUYUAAGAAUGAUGGGUAAGGAACAUGCUCUUGUCAUUGCUAAUCAUAAAAGUGACAUUGAUUGGCUCAUUGGAUGGGUGUUUGCUCAGCGAUCAGGGUGUCUUGGUAGCACGUUGGCUGUCAUGAAGAAAUCAUCAAAAUUUCUUCCUGUCAUUGGUUGGUCAAUGUGGUUUUCUGAGUAUCUUUUUCUUGAGCGAAGCUGGGCUAAAGAUGAAAGUACUCUAAAGUCAGGUCUUCAAAGCCUAAAAGACUACCCUCAGCCCUUUUGGUUGGCUCUUUUUGUCGAGGGGACCCGAUUUACUAAAGCAAAGCUUUUAGCAGCUCAAGAAUAUGCAUCAUCAAUGGGGUUGCCUGUUCCUAGAAAUGUUCUAAUUCCACGAACAAAGGGGUUUGUUACAUCAGUGAGUCAGAUGAGAUCAUUUGUUCCUGCAAUUAUUGAUAUGACUGUUGCUAUUCCUAAAGAUUCAACUCCACCAACAAUGCUGAGGCUCUUUAAAGGCCAGUCUUCUGUGAUUCAUGUCAAAGUCACUCGCCAUUCAAUGAAGGAUCUACCAGAAUCAGAUGAAGCUGUUGCACAAUGGUGUAAAGAUAAAUUUAUCGUCAAGGAUGAUGUAUUAGACCAACAUAAAAUAGCAGAUGCCUUUCCUGAUUCAGAACUCGUUGACAUCGGCCGACCAUUGAAGUCUCUAGUGGUGGUUGUUUCUUGGGCAUGCCUGCUAGUUUUCGGGACCUUCAAGUUCUUGCAGUGGUCUAAUCUUCUAUCUUCAUGGAAGGGCCUCACAUUCGCUGCAGUUGGGUUGGCAACUGUUACCAUUUUAAUGCAGAUCUUGAUUCAGUUCUCUCAAGCGGAGCAUUCAACGCCUGCAAAGGUGGCCCCCGUGUUGUCUAGCAACGGCACUGUACGAGAAAAGAGUCAGUAAGUACAACUUGUUCUUGAACGGAUUGACCAAAUAGCCAUUCCUCUUCAUUUAUGAACAGAUGUGUGUAGUAAAGAACAGAAUGAAUAUCAAUCUAUCUGGUUAACAUUUUCAUCAGCUAGGUUCAGUUUAUGGUAGUGGUUUCAGUUUUAUGGUGUCUCUUUGACACCCAUAGUUUCAGAGAUCUCCGACAACCAUGGUGAAGGUUGCGAUGGGUAAAGGUUGUGGCGGCUUGGAUUUUUCCAGUUCUGCAGUUGUUGGUUCGAACCAUGGUUGUUUUGUGGCUCAUGAGAGAGGUGGAUAACGAUGGUGGGAUUGUGUGGUUCAGUGGUUUCAGUAUUGUGUUAGUGUUACGUUUAAAUUUGGUACUGGUCUUGGUGGUAUUUUGAUGAUUUUUU